UAGCUGUAGGCUGUACGUAGACUUUUAAAGUCAAAAUACUCAAAAUAGAAACAUAACCUGCAUUUUUACAUCCGUGUUGAAAAGAAAAAUAACAUGUACAAAACCGUAUAAAAAGGCUUUAACAAUAAAUAUAUUGAAUAUGAAACACCCUUGUUUAGCUUUAUGUAUUCUCAUUGUAUUAUCCAUUCGAAAUGUCUUUGCCUCACGAACGUACACGAAAAAUGACCUGAAUAAACUAAGAGAUGAAGUCAAGGAAAUGUUUUAUCAUGCUUAUGAUAGUUAUUUGAAAUAUGCUUAUCCAUAUGAUGAACUAAGGCCAAUGAGUUGCGAUGGUAUAGACACUUAUGGAAGUUAUUCCUUGACGCUAAUAGAUGCGCUAGACACACUAGCAAUUAUGGGAAAUUAUUCAGAGUUUCAAAGAGUCGUGGACAUCUUGUCGACAAAAACUGAUUUUGAUGCCAAUAUCAACGUUUCGGUAUUUGAAACCAACAUCAGAAUAAUCGGUGGAUUGUUAAGUGCACAUUUAUUGUCCAACAAAGCAGGUGCAAAAGUAGAGCCUGGAUUUCCUUGUAACGGCCCGCUUCUUCGACUUGCCGAAGACGUAGCCAAGCGAUUAAUUGCGGCCUUUGACACAAAAACUGGAAUGCCUUACGGAACCGUAAAUCUCCGAUAUGGCGUACCCAAAGGUGAAACUCCAAUCACUUGCACUGCUGGAAUUGGUACCUUUAUUGUGGAGUUUGGUACCUUAAGCAGAUUGACUGGAGAUCCAUUAUAUGAAGAGGUAGCAAUGAACGCUUUAUAUUCCCUUUUCAACCAUAAAUCUCCAAUUGGUUUGUUUGGGAACCACAUCGAUACGAACACUGGAAAAUGGACAGCUCAAGAUGCGGGAAUUGGUUCCGGAGUCGAUUCGUAUUUUGAGUAUUUAGUUAAAGGAUCGAUAUUACUGCAAAGGCCUGAAUUGAUGGAAAUGUUUCGUGAAGCUAGAAAAUCGAUUGACAAACAUUUAAAAAAAGACGAUUGGUACAUGUGGGUCUCUAUGACUAAGGCCCAAAUUACCCUACCAGUGUUUCAAUCCCUUGAAGCAUUUUGGCCUGGAUUAUUAAGUCUGAUUGGUGAAACAUCAAACGCUAUGAAAACGCUGCACAACUAUCAUCAGGUGUGGCAGCAAUAUGGAUUCACACCAGAAUUUUACUACAUUACGCAAAAUGAGGCUGGAGCAGGCAAGGAAAGCUACCCGUUGAGGCCUGAAUUAAUAGAGUCGAUCAUGUACCUCUACAGAGCGACGGGAGAUCCAUUUUUAUUGGAAGCUGGCGAGGACAUUUUAAGGAGCAUCAAACAUAGUGCUAAAACACCCUGUGGCUAUGCCACGAUUAAAGACGUGAGAGACCACCGAACUGAAGACCGCAUGGAAUCGUUUUUCCUCUCAGAAACCACAAAGUAUCUGUAUCUGCUCUUCGAUACGGACAAUUUUAUCCAUAACCAAGGACAGCAUGGUACUUUAAUUAACACUCCAAACGGCGAAUGUGUGAUAAAUGCAGGUGGUUACAUAUUUAACACUGAAGCGCAUCCAAUCGAUCCCAGCGCUCUUCAUUGCUGCUACAACACACCGAACGAUGUGUUGGUCGAUUUUAAAGAGUUUGACAACAACCAAGCCAUGUACCGGGGAAUACAGUUACUAAAAAAGAAAAUGCCCAAUAAGCUCCAGAACGAAAAAGUGGAAAUUGUUGCACCCUCUGAAAAUGUUACAAGUGUUUCUUUACCACUUUCUGUCGCCCAGAACGAAUCCAGCUUAGGAGAGGCGGAAGUCACCGUUUCUGAUCCACCGACAAACUCAUUUGAUGCCCAGCAAAUGUUAGAGAGACUUCGGGGAGAAAAUAAAUAUCCGAAGAAUGAGUCAUGGGAGAGGAACUUUGAGCUUCUGGGGUGCAAAGCGCAAAAAUUUCUACAACGAUUGUCCAUUAUGGGAGAGGUGUUCAAUUAAAGAUGUAAAAUGAUUAUAGAGAACAAUGUUCACUUUGUUACAAAUAAAUAUUUUUCAAACACCA